AUGGAGACAGUGCUCAUCAUCGGUUCAACCGGCAACAUCGGCGUGGCCGCUGUGACAGCUGCCCUGCGGUCAAAUCGCGACGUCCUUGCAGUUGUUCGCAACCAGGAAUCUGCCGGCCGGCUCGUCAAACACAUUACCUCAACCGGCAUUGUGACCCCGGAGGAAGCAGAAAGACGUAUCACUGUCGCCGAAGCAGACGUGAUAUCACAGACUGGCGUCAAGGCAGUGGUCGACCGAGUACGAGCCGGCACUCUGCCGGCUUUUCAUCACGUCUGGUCCAGCGUUGGCGGCGAUUAUGUCGCCACACCAUUGCUGGAGAUCACUCUCAGCCAGAUGCGACACAACUUCAACGCCUCCUUCGAAGCCAACUUCUUCGCUUACCAAGCCACCAUGCCUUACCUCCUGGAGCAGAACAGUCCAGUCAGCACAUGGACCUCCUGCACCGGAUCCCAAGGCGAGCUUGCAAUGAUGCCAGUGCCCGCUAUGCCCCAAGGUGCUCUGUUCUCUUUCGCGACCGCUGCUUCGCGGGAGAACGAGGCCACCAAUGUGCGGUUCAACGAAGUCUACUUGGCCUUCCGAGUCGAAGUCGAUGAGCAAGCUGUUCAGCACGGCGUGACCAAGGCAUCGGAUUUCGCGAAGGUUUACGAGAUGCUACUGGCCGACUCGAGUGUGCGAAGCUCGAGGGUCAGAGUGGAGAGUGUAGCGGAUAUUGAGACGCUGAGAUGUCAGAAGAAGUUUUAA